UUUGGGCCUCCAACAGUUGCGGCGAGUCUUGUUCGAAGCGUGUACGUGUGCGGUCUGGAAGUGCGGCCGGUCGGUCAAUUCUUGGAUUUAUUUAUUUAUUUAAUAUUUUAGCCACUCAGUCGAAUUGUGUGUGUGUGUGAAAUCGAAAAAGUUUUGGAAAGCAAGUUGUGAGUAAAAGCGAAAAACAAAAAUAAAAAUAUGAAAAUAUUAAUUGGUAAUAAAUUAAUAGAUUUUCUGCGCUAGAAUAUCAGUUUACUAAGAAAUUGCGAAAUGUCAAGUGCAAGUAAAUUGGUUGGAAGAAAUGCCAAUACGAAAGUUUAUUGAAGUGUAAAACAAAUCGAAAGCUGAUAAAAUAAAGUGCUAUGCAAAAAAAUCAAAAAUUUACACAUUUAUCUAUGAAUACCUGUAAAUUCGUGUGAAUAAUUAAACAAAAAACAAUGUGAAAAGCAAAAUCAAAAAUUCUUCAAAUAAAAGUGAUUUUAUUAAAAAAAAUUAAAACCGGUGCUACCCAACCACAUAAUACCAACCGCAUUGCAAAACCACAAACAAAAAAAUAUAUAUUUUUUAACACUUCAAAAUUAGUGAAAAAGUAAAAAAACAAAUUUAACCGUUAACAAUAAAAGCCUACAGUUAUGGGUUUCUCAUCGGCCCUGCAGGGCCGUGCCGCGCACGAGGCAUUAAUCGUGCGCCAAGAUGCCGAACUACGACUUAUGGAGACCAUGAAACGAUCCAUACAAUUGAAAGCCAAAUGCGAUCGGGAAUAUGCGAUCGGUUUGGCUGCGGUUGCACAACAGGGUAUGAAAACUGAUCGCGCCGAUGAAAUGCAAGGCAGCCUCAUAACGAAAGCCUGGCGCUCCUAUAUGGACGAAUUGGAUCACCAAGCUAAACAAUUCAAAAGCAAUGCAGAACUACUUGAAGUUGUCUGCGAAAAGCUGACACAUUUAUCACAAGAUAAACGUAAAGCACGCAAAGCUUAUCAAGAGGAGCAUGCCAAGAUUGCAGCACGCCUUAAUCAUCUCACAGACGAAGUUGUACGCAAGAAAGCAGAAUAUCAGAAACAUCUGGAGGGUUAUAAGGCACUGCGGACGCGCUUUGAGGAACACUACAUAAAAUCCGGUCGCGGUGGUCGAAAAUUGGACGAUGUACGCGAUAAAUAUCAGAAAGCCUGCCGCAAACUACAUCUCACCCACAACGAAUAUGUACUCUCCAUCACCGAAGCCGUCGAGGUGGAGAAAGAUUUUCGUACAGUAUUGCUACCCGGUCUGUUGGAGCACCAACAAUCCGUGCAGGAGAGUUUCAUAUUAUUGUGGAAGAACAUACUGCAAGAGACAAGCCAGCAUGGUGACCUCACAUCCGACAAAUUCAAGGAAAUCCAAAAGCGCAUCGACAAUGUGAUAAACAGCAUAAAUCCCAGUGAGGAAUAUCGGGAAUUCACCGAGAAACACAAUUAUUCACUUUAUAGAACCUCCCCCACCACACCCUUAGUAUUCCAGUUCGACGAUGCACUCAUUGAGGAUAUACCCGGCAAAUUGCAAUCGAAUACGCUCACCGUUGAUAAUCUCACAGUCGACUGGCUGCGCACGCGUCUCAUUGACUUGGAAAUGUCCGUGAAGGAGUGCCAGGAGAAACAGCUGAAAAUGAUCGAGCAUGCGAAUGGCGGCUCACCGAUAGCGAACGGCAGCAUAGCGCGCAAUGGCAGCACCGCCAGCAAUGGCAUACAAUCGCCCAAAGACAGUCAGAACAGACAAUCCAAGGACCUCAAUGCGUUACGUUGCCAAGAGAAGCAGAAACAGAAGUUGGUGGACAUGAUUAAGUGCGCUUUGAAUGAAAUUGGCUGCGAGGAGUUGCCAUCUGGCUGUGAUGAUCAUUUGGAACAGAAUUUCAUAGAGAAUAGUUUUAACAACGACCAACAGCAGAACUCGGCAACUUCGACCAAUUCCACAGGCGUAAGUAUUAUCAAUGAGUUGCGACGACGCGGUGGCGUGCUCACAUUACUACGCGGUAGACCGUUCAAGCGCAAAUCGACACCGCAGCCGACCACGCCCACCGUCAAUCGUAUGCGCACACAACGCUUCAACAAGCUACAGCCGCGCUCCCAAAGUCUCGGAUCGUUGUCGAUGUCGCUGUCCACCAAUCGGCCACUGUACGAAGAAGAAUGGUUCCAUGGUGUAUUGCCACGCGAAGAAGUCGUGCGUUUGCUUAACAACGACGGUGAUUUUCUGGUACGCGAAACCAUACGCAACGAAGAGAGUCAAAUUGUGCUCAGCGUUUGUUGGAAUGGUCACAAGCAUUUCAUCGUGCAAACCACUGUCGAUGGGCAUUUCCGUUUCGAAGGUCCGCCAUUCCCCAGCAUUCAGGAACUCAUUAUGCAUCAGUAUCAGUCGGAGCUGCCGGUCACAGUUAAGUCGGGUGCCAUCUUACGACGUGCCAUUUGCCGCGAACGUUGGGAGUUGAGCAACGAUGAUGUCGUGUUGCUCGAGAAAAUCGGACGUGGUAACUUCGGCGAUGUCUACAAAGCCAAGUUGAAGUCCACAAAACAGGAUGUCGCUGUGAAAACUUGCCGCAUGACCCUGCCUGAUGAGCAGAAACGCAAAUUCCUGCAAGAGGGUCGUAUUCUCAAGCAAUACGAUCACCCGAAUAUUGUCAAAUUAAUUGGUAUUUGUGUGCAAAAGCAGCCGAUUAUGAUCGUCAUGGAACUCGUGCCAGGUGGCUCUUUACUAAAUUAUUUGCGAAAGAACUCAAAUUCAUUGACGACACGUCAACAGAUGGGCAUGUGUCGAGACGCAGCGGCUGGUAUGCGCUAUUUGGAAUCUAAAAACUGCAUACAUCGUGAUCUCGCCGCUCGCAAUUGUUUGGUUGAUUUCGAAAACUCGGUGAAAAUCUCUGAUUUCGGAAUGUCACGUGAAGAAGAAGAGUAUAUAGUUUCCGAUGGCAUGAAACAAAUUCCUGUUAAAUGGACAGCGCCGGAGGCAUUAAAUUUCGGCAAAUAUACCUCAUUGUGUGAUGUUUGGUCCUACGGUAUUUUAAUGUGGGAAAUUUUCUCCAAAGGUGAUACACCUUACUCGGGUAUGAGUAAUUCACGUGCACGAGAGAGAAUCGAUGCAGGUUAUCGCAUGCCAACACCUGAAAACACACCGCCCGAAAUGUAUCGGCUCAUGUUAAAGUGCUGGUGCGCCGAAGCUGAAGCACGACCACAUUUCGACGAGAUCUACAACGUUGUCGAUGCACUGAUAAUACGAUUAGACAAUAGUCAUUAGCAAGCAAAUAUAAAUUUAAUGCAAUAAAAAAGAAAAAUAAAUCAUUUAAAUAUUUUCAUACUGCAUAUAUACAUAUACAUAUACUUAUAUAUAAAUUUAAAUAUAUUAAGAGAAAAAAAAAUAAAUAUUUAAUUAUGCUAAAAUUCAUACAGACACACACAUGUUUGCAUACAGUUAAGGUGAUAUACAUACAUACAUUUAAUUAUACUUAACAUAUAAAUACUUGAAGCUGUUUUUACAUACAAACACAUACAAAAAAAGUGAAGAAUGUUGAAGCAGCCGAAUCAAAUUUUAUAUUUUCUAAGCAUAUAUUUCGUGUUUUAAGAUAGACUCACACUCAUAUUUUGCAUAUACAUAUACACACACACACAUACUAUAUACAAUGUGCGUAAUUAACUGCAUAAUUAUGUAUGUAAUAUGGCGUAGCCGCUUUAGAAUACUCGACAACUUAAUAAUUGCAACGAUGUGCAACUGUGUAAAUAUUUUACUUGAAAAGCGUGUGUGCAAGCUAUAAACAUGCUUACAUAUUUAUGCCUUUAUGUAUGUAAGUAUAUACGUUCAAAUGUUCGCUUUUAUAAUCCGCCAGCAAUUUUGUAAAUUUUUAAUUUGCUUUUUCGAAAAUUUAUAGCGGUUAGUUCAUAAAUUUUCGCUGAUGAACUGUACCCUCGAUGUGCCAAAAAAGAAAAACAAAAAAAGUUAAUUAAUGUAAACAAUUCAUAAGCGUCAAUUUGCAAGCUGUUUAUUUGUAUUUUUAGCGUAGAGUCUUAAGUUUAUUAAUAAACACACACAUACACAUGUGUACUGAGCGGGUCAAGAGUGCUUUACAUUGGUUGGAGGAUAUAUUACUUUGAUAGCUCUUACCACAUGUUGGUGAAAAAAUUAUUUGAAAAUAUUCGUUUUUGCAAAAGCUUUUAAUUUAUGUUUAGACAUUUUAAAAAAUAUACAAAUAUGCUUAUAUAAUAUAUUAUUGUAAGUUCUAAUCCUUACAUUCGUCAAUUUUGAGCAUAACGAAAAUUAUUUACCGCUGCUCAUAACAAAACAAAAAUUUUAUAAAAAAAAAUUAUGCAUAAUUAUAUUUUACAUUAAUUUUUUAUUUUUUGGAAUUUUAUAUAUAUUUUUUUUCUUUGUAAAUAUAAUUUUUUAAUAUUAAAAUUUUGCUCGGAUUAUUUUUUUGAAAUUUUUUAUAUAUUUUUUUUGUAAACACAUUGUUUUUUUACCUUUAUUAGGUUUAAUUUUUAUACAUUGAUUUGUAAUACAAUAAUUUUUGUGAAAUACUACCUUUUAAUCAAAUCACACGAAUUUACUCAAACCAUUUAGCAUUUAAGCUUUGAUAAUUUACAUAAAAACAUAAAUCGUUUAAAUUUAUAGCGUUUGUAUGUAUUAGCUUUAGCUCUCAUAUAUAUUUUUUUGUUCUUAUUUAAAAAAUAUUAUAUAUGUAUAUGUAUGCAUAAUUUUUCGUAGGCAUUUGCUUGUAUCAAACCUUUACAUACAUACAUAUAUUUAUAUUCAGUUGCAGUGCAGUUUCCCACAAAAUGUUGUUACUCGUAUCUUUAAGUUAAUUUUUAUUGCAUAUACAUACAUACAUUUUAAUUAAUUUUAAGUGUACUUUUUAAACUGCAAAAGUGUAUAUGAACUGCAAAUUAUAAAUAAAUAAACGAAAUUUAAAUAAUUGAAGCCGUAAAAAUUAAAUAUUUUGAGCAACAGCCAGAGUUAUGAAUAUCAGGGGACACAAAGAUAAUAUACUUAUUUAAUGCAUUGUAUGAAUAUAUCCAUCAAGAGGUUUUUUUUAGUGAACUUCACAUUUUAUUACAAGCUAUAUCUAUCUUUGUCUGCAGUUUGAAAUUUUAUAUUUUAUUAUACGAGGGCUGCUAUAUAUUUCUGGCCUAAUAAAGAAAAUAGGAAUAUUUAUCAACGAAAA